AUGGUCGCCACUAAGGACCUCGGCCUCGCAGGGCUUGUCUGGCUCUACCUCGCCGGGAAGGGACUUGCUCUCGGAGUUGAUGAAGCCACCAACGAUCUCACCCUUGUGGAGAGAGAUUUCGCCGAGGAGCUCGAUGUUCGCGACUUUGACGAUGAGCUUUAUGAGCGAGACUUUGAUGACGAGCUCUACGAGCGUGACUUUGACGAUGAACUCGACGAGCGCGACUUUGAUGAUGAUCUCGAAGAGCGAGAUUUCGAUGACGAGCAUCUCGAGGUCCGUGGAGGCGCUAGCAUCAACCUUCAGGAGCAAAGAAUCACUGGCAUCAAGAAAAACAGACCUAUCCCUGAUCCUCCCAAGCAGAUUGAUACAAAGGCAUACUGGGCUAGUAAGGGGCGGAACUACAGGAGAGGCCUUUAUACUCGUGGAGGCGCCACAGUCAAUCUUCAGGAGCAGAGAAUCACUGGUAUCAAGAAGAACCGGCCUAUCCCUGAUCCUCCUAAGCAGGUUGAUACCAAGGCAUACUGGGCUAGUAAGGGGCGGAACUACAGGAGAGGUCUCAAUGCUCGUGGAGGCGCUACAGUCAACCUUCAGGAGCAAAGAAUCACUGGCAUUAAGAAGAACAGACCUAUCCCUGAUCCUCCCAAGCAGAUUGAUACCAAGGCGUACUGGGCUAGUAAGGGACGGAAUUACAGAAGAGGUCUCAAUGCUCGCGGAGGUGCCUCAAUCAAUCUCAAGGAACAGAGAAUCACUGGCAUCAAGGCCAACAGACCUAUCCCUGCCCCUCCCAAGGAGGUUGACACCAAGGCAUACUGGGCUAGCAAGGGACGGGGCUAA